CUUGGUUCCAAUUUUUUCAGGGGAAAGGGUUUUAGGUUUAACAGAGCUGCCAUGGAAGAACAUCUAGUGGAAGACGAAUCAGGACACAAUCCGAGGAUACGAGGUAGACACAUCAAGAAAAGAGCCCUCAAGAACAAAUCUCUCACUGUCUCUUUUGAUGAAAAAGACCUCAAGGAUUUUGUGACUGGUUUUCAUAAGAGAAAGAAGAAGAGGAGAAAAGAAGCGCAACAGCAAUUGGAAGAAGCCCAUAGGAGGAAACGUAUUGAGGCCCGUAAAAAGAGAAAGGAGGAAAGAGAAUUUGCCAUCUUUGGUGGAGCUCCACCUGAUUCAGGUGCUGCAGCCGAUGAACCUGAUGAGGAACUUGAUGAUGUAGAGGAAAAUGAGCCUAAUGCCACAGUCUCAGGGACUACAACAUAUGACAAUGGUGAUGUGCAAGUCAUCGUGACAAUGAGCGAGAUCUCUCGCGAAGAAGACUUCCCAGCUCAAGUGCCACCAUUACCUGUGCUUCAACAUGAUGGAGAAACUAAAAGCCACAAACAAAACAUUCCGGUAAUUAAGAAGAAACCAUUCAAGAAAGUUGCAAAAAAGAGAUCUCGGCCCAAGCCACAGAAUAAGAGAGAUAGGAAGAAAGGUAAAAAGAAGAACAAGAAGCACACAUGAAAUCUCUUUUCAGUUCAAAAAAAGGAGAACAAGCAGCAGUAGCAAUUUUGUUUCCCUAUCCUUGGCUCCUUCACCUCCUAAUGAAAAAGAGAGAAAAAUGUCUCACCCUCUUGUAGAGAUGCUCUAACCAGUGACGCCUUUUUAUUUAUGCGAAUGUUGUUAGUGUAUUUUCUAGUAUCUUGCUUAUGUUAUGACUAAGGUUUUUUCAGAAUGAUUAAUCUGGGCAGUUAAUUUUGUCAAUUGAUUAUUUAUAAGAUCUUGCAUUUGAAUUA